CAAACGUGAAGUCAGCGUCAGAAGAGCCAGUCCCAUUGCAUGAAGAAUUUAUCUACUGUUGUGGAGCUGCUACCCAUGUCUUAAAGUGUGGGCCCUGGAAAGACCUCUCAAAAGAUGAAAGUAAAAAUCUACCCAGGCUUUUAUUCAUGAUUAUUCCUGGUAACCCUGGACUGGCAGGUUAUUACAGGACCUUUAUACAGGCGUUGUAUUGUGGACUGAAUCAGCAAUAUCCCGUUUGGGUUGUGAGCCAUGCCGGACACUGUAAGCCUCCUAGUGGUAUGGAGAUGAUAGAAGACACAGAUAUUAAGGAGCUAGAGGAUGUUUUUGGACUUAGCGGACAAGUAGAGCAUAAGCUGAACUUCCUCAAAAAGAAUGUAUCAAAAGAUAUAAAGCUGGUACUGAUUGCUCAUUCUAUUGGUUGCUACAUCACACUGGAGAUGAUGAAGCGAGCAUCAGAACUUCAGGUUCUUCGCUCCGUGCUGCUGUUUCCAACCAUAGAGCGUAUGGCUCAGUCCCCUCAAGGAAAGCUCAUGACCCCUUUGCUGUGCAAACUUCGUUACGUUCUGUACAUGCCCGUCUACCUGCUGUCCUUUCUGCCAGAGAGAGUCAAAGCCUCCCUGGUGCGCUUUGCUCUGCGAGGAAUGAAAACCUGUGAUGAAUCUUCCAUAACAACCUCCGUAAAUCUCUUCAGCAUGGACUGCAUUGCCAACAUCUUGUAUAUGGCAAGCCAAGAAAUGAUGAAGGUUGUGGAGAGAGACAGUACAACCAUAAAGCAAAAUUUGAAGAAGCUGAUUUUUUACUAUGGAACUGGAGACAGCUGGUGUCCACAGCACUACUACGAUGAGAUCAAAAUGGAUUUUCCAGACGGGGACAUUCGACUUUGUGAGAAAGGGCUCCGCCACGCCUUUGUGCUAGAUGCCAGCAAGGAGAUGGCUGCCAUGAUUACAGACUGGUUACAGGAUGACCUGACCAAAUUAUAA